CCUCUUGCUUUCCCGCUCUGCAAGAUAAGAGGAUCUUUUCACUCAUCAACCGUUUGGUUCUCGUCGAACAUCUUCCAACGCGUCAAUGGAGGAAUCGUAGUAGCAGCAUCUGUUUGACUUGAAUUCGUCGCAUGACGUUCCUUUGCAAUUUCGUCCGACGGAGACUCCGUACUCUGUUGCGAACUUUUUCUCGGGAAGAUCCUGAUCUCCAGGUCAAAUUAGGUUUUACUGAUACUCUCCUCACGUUAAGUAACUUCCGAUUCGAUGUCCCUCAGCUUAAUCAGCUCCUCGAUGGAUCUAGUUUCUCAUUCGAAGGCUUUACCGUCGACUACCUGUUUAUUCGCUUCUCCGUGUGGUCAGGUCCGGCAAUUCAGAUCGAAAUUCGCGGUGUACAUGUCAAAUUGACGGCUAGAGGGACGGAGGAAGGAAGCUCAGGUAGGAUGCAAGCGUCACGUGAGACUGUAGCGAAUGAGAUAAAGAAACUUCUGUCGUCUAUUGAUCCCGAGGGAUGCUUCUUACAUGAAAUCUUGGGAAGAAUGCUGGACGGCACUUCUCAUAGAAGUAAGCUGAAGACUUCUUUCUCGAAUCUUGCUCUCAGGCACUUCCGUAUUCAGAUACAUGGUAUUAAUGUUCAAGUCUGUUUCCCGGGUUUGAAUGACUUGGGUUGUGUUCUUGAAAUCAACGAGCUGAGGAGUGAUUCUGAGGAUUCUGGGAACCUUAGUUUAUUGAGGACUUCAGCUGCUGCAGUUUUAUUCCCUUUGAGCCGUAGUUCCUUGACACUGAGUGGCCACGGUUUCAAGAUUGCAUACAAGCGGAACAAUGAUACCUGUGACCUUUGUGCAUUUGACAGUCUUGUUGUUCUGAUUACGCUGCAUAAUCUUCAAAUUACUGAUCUGAUCGUCCGUGUUCCAGAGUUAAGCUUCUCGUUUAGACCCACCGAUCUUCCGGUUUUAAUGGGAUUGUCGAAGUUAUCAUCCAAAGAUGGCAAUUCUGUCAGAAGUGGGCGUUAUCUUUGGAAAGUAGCUGCUCGCAGAAGUGGCUUGAUGAUCUCGCCUCACACUAGCUCGUUCCAGAAUUUAGUUAGUGCUGUUAUCCUCUGGAUGCGAUACGUGAAUGCUUAUGAGUAUUUGUUAUCUUUAGCUGGGUACUCUAGGAAAAUGCCAGAAAAAUCAUCACUCUGGAAAGUUUCAGAAAACAAAAGGCAGUUUGUGGCUGCAAGACGUAAAUGGGAUAUGAUAUGUGAUAUUGAGAAAGAGCUCCCUGCUGAAGCAAUCGCACGGGCGCGGAGAGUAGCCCGAUACAGAACUUGCCUGAAUUCUCAGAAUGCUAAUGAUGAUUAUGAAGAAACUUCCUUAUAUGGCCACUUCAGUUUUUUGUGUCAGAUCACCUGGGGUUUAGCUUAUAUCUGGAGACUUAUUAGUAGAGCAUUCUGGUCUAUAGCCUGCUUUCUCUCGUUAAAGAAAUUGUCGACCCAAGAACUACAAACUGAUGGGAACAACGAAGAUGAUUCCGAGCGGGUAUCUCUUGAGUUUCAUGCAGUUGUCAAUCUUGGGAGACUUUCUAUCACAUUUUAUCCAGAGAAAAUGAUUUCAGGUUCGAUGUCAUCAAAAGAUAGUGCUGAACACUUGGACUCAAAUGUUGUCAUUCUUUGCCUUUCAGUUGAUGAGUUUUUGGUAAUGCAUACUGCUGACUGUCUUAAUCAGUGGUCGUCUGCUUCCUGUGGGAAACUGAAGAUUGAGUCUUCUAGUUUUAUAAAAACCAGUCGUUUCAUGAGAUCUACAAAAGAUCCCAGUACUUCUACGGAAAGAAAUAAGAAGCAUAUGCGUGAAGAUGUGAAAACUAUCCUAGAGAUGGACCCAGCACAGCCAAUCCUACUUUCCAAAACAGAUAACAAUAAUAGCAAUGAUCGACAGGAAGGCAUUCUGCAUCUGCAAAAUCUUCUGAGAGAAAUGUGGUCGAACUGGAACAUCAAAUGCUUGAAGUUGGAUAGAAGUACUUUCAAAGUUUCUGAUAACCCUUGUGUACUCGUUGAUACUAAAAGCUGCUUGGCAUAUGAGGAUGCUGGUAACCAAGAUUUUGGAAUCUGGAAAUGCGGCAUGUUGCUGGGGAAGUUCGAUAUUGUUUUAGAUUAUCCAUCGUUGUUUUCAAUGGCUCUGCUAAUUUGGCAGACACAACAGUGUCAAAGCUUAUUUGUAGACGGAAUUACUGGUGGUGUUAAUCCUGAAAUGGCUAGUUCUGACGAAUAUGGGAUCUAUAGAAGAAUUAUUGAACUGUCUUUGCAUAAAGUUCAUCCAGAGAGACAGAUUCAGGUUGGCAUAAUUGUUGGUGGUCCACAGGUCAAAUUGCUGGUGGAGAAGGCUGAAGAAGUGGAUUGUUUAACUGGGCAGAAAGAUCUUCUUUUAUUUGAUAUCCAUGAUCUUGAGUUUGUGGUCUGGCCGACUUCAAAAUCUGACGUGAUGCCGAUGUUUCAAGGGCCUGACAGCACAAGAUCAGAUAGGCCUUCGCUUCAGGAGCUGGGGCUAAGUGAUACUUUGAUUCCAAGUUCUGGAAAAUAUGUUUCUCAGGGACGGAAUUCUCUGUCCUCACACCUAGGGUUUUCUGGUUUUGAUUGUUCUUUCUGCAAAAUGGCAGAGAAGAAGUGGAGACAAUUUUUUGUAUUGAGACCCGUAACUAUCUGCUUUUCAUCCUUAAGAGAGCAUGUUUAUUCCUUUAGCGAAGCUAUUAUCCAUUUCUCAACUGGUUUGGAUGUGUUGGUGCUGGGACUGACUAUUGUAUCAAAAGCAGAUGACCUAAGUGCUUACUUUCAGAUGCUUCUGAGCUUAGUUUCUGGGCUAUCCCGUGGUUUGAGCGGCUCUAGCUCUGCGGGUCAUUCACUGGGACAAGGGUAUCUCAGGUCUGACGCAGUGCAUGUGGAACAUGAGAUCGAGAAGACUUUUUGCAAAACUCUUUUUGCAGUGAAAGCGAGCAUUAAGGUGAGGGCUCUAGAUGUGAUAUUUGAUGUUCCUGUAACAGAAAAAUUUGAGAAGCCAACGGAGCUAGCAGAUUCGAUAAUCUGGUCUUCUGUCCAGGAAGCAUGCGCUGAACUAUCUUGUGAAGAACAGGGGUUUUUGGUCAAUCUUGAUUUUUGUGAGCUCCAAUCUACACUCUUCAGAUAUAGGGAUAAUAUAUGGAAGAGUUCUGGCAACUUUAUCAUAGAAUCUUCACCUGUCAGGUCACAUGAUAUCUUGUUUGAAGCAUGUCUUUCUAGCUGCAUAUUGAGUGUGUGUAUGGAUUUCUCAAGCCGAUCAGCUCGAGGGGUCGCCUGUCGUAUGGCUGAUGAUUCUCCAGGAAACGCACCAACAGAAAAUGAACCUACUACAAAUAGAGUUCAGGCUGAAAGAGAAGUGGACCAGUUGGAUUCUGCUUCAGACUCUGCACUGUCCAAUUCAACCCGUUGGAUACACAUCGAUUUAGCAUUGACUAACUUACUUGUGGCGAGGUGCUCAACAAAACAUGUCUUGGUUGAAAUUCGUCGGUCAAGUAACUUCGUAACAUCGGUCUCUAUUGGGAGAAAUUUUGAGUUAGUUUUCUGUAGAGUCAAGGGUGGUCUUUUUGUCCUUGAACCAGAGGCCUUGAUAGGGUUAAUUCAUGGUUUUUCCGCGUACCUUCAUUUCAUUUCAAGUAAGAUGUCAGUGAUUCAAUCUUCUGCACUAGAUUUUGAGCAAGUAAAAGCUGAUACAGGUGGCAGUGAAGUUAAUAUUCCUUCUCAACAAGCAAAUCGGUACCUCGUGGAGGCGUUUUCUAUAGAUGUCACCCAGUUUACUCUGGGUUUUGUCUGUGUUGAUGAAUAUGGAGGUAUAAGGGAAAUUGUUCUGGAGAUCACUCUGCACAGUUCCCUUGAUUCAACAGGCAGAGAACAAAAGUUUCUUUGUGAAGUUUCUCGCCUGUCAGUUCUUUCUAAGAUUCUUGAGAGCGUGGAAAGGGACAUAAAUAUUACACAAAUUUCUUCUCCAGCAUUUAGUGAAUCUUCUUUUAUAUCUGGUGCUCCUCUUGAAACAUCAUUUCAGCAAAGGGAUGUAAUCAGUUCAGGUGAUAGCACAAGUGUUUCAGGAGAUUUUAAUGGUCUUAGAGAAUCUUCUAUGAACAGCAAUUUAGAGGAAGAGUUUCACUCUCGGUAUAAAAACUAUAUUUUGGAAGACCUACGUGUCUCUGCAUCUGUUAAGAAGCGAGAAAUUACCGGUCACCAGUUUAGCCAGGCCUGGGAAGGCGGUUGUUCUGUUCUAGGAUUUGAUAUAACCAUUUCUCUGUCAGAAUUGCAGAUGGUCCUUUCAAUGCUUUCAUCCUUUUCUGCGUUACCUGGAGGAGAAAAUACUCCAGCUUCUUUAGAAAGGCCUUCAUUCAAUAGUGAACCUGAAAGAAGUUUUGAGUCUGUAGUUCCUGAUGGAGCGAUUGUUGCUAUUCAAGAUAUACACCAACAUAUGUUCUUCACAGUGGAAGAUAGGGGUGACAAGUGUGUUGUGGCUGGUACCCUUCAUUAUUCUCUAGUCGGAGAAAGAGCUCUUUUCAGGGUCACCUACCACCGCCAUCAAGGAUGGAAUUCAUCCGUCUUAUGGUUCUCCUUGACAUCUUUGUAUGCCAAAAACAGUAAAGGAGAGCCAUUACGGUUAAACUAUCAUUCAAGGUCAGAUAUUGUUAACGUCUCCGGACUUUAUGACAAUGCACCAACACUCUUUCAGGCUUCUGUUGGUGAAUCCCAAAAUUAUAAGGGUGACAUCGACUGGGAGACAUACCGUAAAUUGGUGAAAGAUUCAUUUUACCUCGUCAACAAGAAGGGUGAUUCAGCUGUUGCAUUUGUCGAUGGUGUUCCAGAAUUUGUCCGGAAGCCAGGAAAUCCAUUCAAGUUUAAAGUGUUUCGUGAAAGUUUGGCGACUCGUAAUAUUACAUCAGUGGUACCUCCUGAGAUCAAUGAUUCUGAAACGCAAUCUGUGAUGAACUCUUCUCCCCCUUCUAUUACCGUUACAGUUGACGCCGUAUCUCUGACCAUUGUUCAUGAACUUUCAGAAACAAGGGACAGAUUUCCCCUGUUUCGUGGUUCAAUCAAUAUGUCUCAGCUAACUUUACAAAUCCUAUCUUGUAAAGUCAGGGUUAUGAGCACAUCAAACGUUUUAGUGCUGUAUUUUGAUGCUCAGACAAACCAAUGGCGGGAAUUUAUACAUCCAGUUGAAGUUAGUGCUUUCUACCGUUCAACUUUUCAGACCCAGGAUCUUGAAAAUACUAUUCACAAAGUACCUAGCCAUGUUUACUGCAGAAUUGGAAAGUUGGAAGUCUUUGUAACCGAGCUGUCAUUGGAUAUGCUCCUUUUUAUGCUUGGGAAACUGGAGGUUGCUGGUCCAUUUUCUGUGAAAACCUCCGUUAUUCUUUCCAAUUGUUGCAAGAUAGAAAACCUUUCUGGCCUUGACCUCACAUGCCGUUUCAAUGAGAAACAGACUGCCACAGUUGGUAGAAAGCAAACUGCUUCGAUUUUUCUGCGUGGAGAAACACGUCCACUUCUGCUUUUAGAUAACAAAGUGGAUGGCAGAUCCCUAAUUGUAUGUAAUAUCUUUCAAAGGCAUUCAAUGAACCAUCAAUCAGAAACUCCUCCAGUGGCUGCGGUCCAGCUAUCUUCUGGAAAUUUCGUAACUUCUUCUAUCAACGUUUCUUUGUUAGAAGCCAGAACACUAGCCUGGAGAACUAGGAUGGUAUCACUCCAAGAUUCAAGGAGUCAUCCUGGACCGUUUAUUGUUGUUGAUGUUAAGAAGGGAUUUGAGGAUGGUUUAUCGAUCUCAGUUUCUCCUUUGACAAGGAUUCAUAAUGAAACUAGUCUUCCGAUGGAGAUACGUUUCCAACGAUCUAAGCAGAAGAAAGAUGUUUUUGCUUCUGUACCUCUGAAGCCUGGUGGUUCAAUUGAUGAUUCAGUGGCAGCAUUUAACGCCAUAAGCUUAUCGGGAGAUCUGAAGAAGGCAUUGACAUCUUUAGCUGUUGGUAAUUUUUCACUCUCGUUCAGACCUAAAUCUCUGGAAAAAGUUUCUGAGAGUGAGAAGUCACUGGCAAGUGAAUGGUCUGAAGAGCUAGAAGGAGGGAAGGCGGUACGCCUAACAGGAAUUUUUGAUAAAUUAAGUUAUGGAGUUAAAAGGGCUUUAGCUAUCAAAUCAGUGAACGUCUCCUUGACUACUACAUAUUGCUCUGUCACAUCUGAAAAUCAGUCUGUCCACAAGGUGCAUUUUCUGAUCCACAGCAUUGGGAGGGAAGUAUCUAUUAUACGGCCUGAUGCAUCUUCUGAUGUGUUUGGGAGACGGAAUGCAUGUAUUGCAUUGCGAGAGCAGAAGGAAAUUUUUCUUUUGCCCACCGUGCAGGUGUCCAACUUCCUGUCCUCCGAAGCAGCCAUUUUUUUGACAGAGACUGAUCAGUUAACGUCGAUGGAGAAGCACAGCAUUGGCAAGCAUGCGACAGUACAGAGCGGGAAAACAAUGGAUUUCUAUGCUAAUCCUGACAUGAUAUACUUUAGAGUUACUCUCACUGCUACCCAAACGAGCUGCAAACCAGUCAACAGUGGUCAGUGGGUUAAGAAGUUACAGAAACAGAAAAAUGAUGCAGAAUCUUUGGAUGUUGGUCUUGAUUUUGCUGGUGGGAAAUACUUUGCUUCCUUGAGAUUGUCGUUAGGAAAAAGAGGCGUACUGGAGGCAGCCGUUUUCACGCCGUACAUUCUUAAAAACGACUCAGAUUGCACCUUGUUUUUCUACCCCCCUGAUCAAAAGCCUCUAUCCGGGGAAGAUUUGGAGAAACUUGAUCAUAUUGUACCCCCUGAGUUUGGAUUGUAUUUGCCCAAAAAGACAGAGGGGUCGUGGUUUGUAAGAUCUCGCAAGGUUAAGGUUAUAUUGGCUGAUGGUCAUGGGGCAACUGAAGCAGUGUUGGAUUUGGAUGCUUUAUCAGGACUUACAGAAAUUAGUUUGGGAACAAAAGAUGACUCUGGAGUUCGAUAUAUAACAAGGUUUGGGUUGUCAGUUAAAUCAAUCUCAAGUAAGAUGUUUGUUCCAUCGCGGAUUGUGACUUUUGUUCCGAGACAUCUUGUAAUCAAUGAAUCGGAGGAGACCAUCAACAUCCGCCAACGCUAUUUUCAGGAUGACUCUGUAGGCAUAAUCACCAUCAAAAGUAAGCAGAGAGCAGCCUUACGAUUGCAGGAGGAAACUACACUGAGAAAAGAACGUCAUCUGUUCGAAAAUUUUAUCAGAAAGCACGGAAGUGACAAUGCUAAUCCUUUGACAUUCAUUCAGUUCCGGUUGACCAAGGCAGAUUGGAGUUGGUCAGGCCCACUAUGCAUCACAUCAAUUGGAUGUUUUUUCCUCAAGUUCAGAAAGCAGUCAGCUGAAACAGGCAGAGGCGCAAUUGAAUUCGCAACUGUAAAUGUUACUGAAGAAGGAUCAACUCUUGCUGUGCGCUUCCAAAAACCACCAAAUACCCCACCACCAUAUCGAAUUGAGAAUUUCUUGUCUGCAUCUCUCACUUACUACCAAAAGGAUUCAUCAGAGAUUGAAGUACUUGGACCCGGAAAUGGUGCUGAUUAUGCAUGGGAUGAUAUGACCCUUCCUCACAAGCUUGUAGUUAUAGUAGAUGGCAUGAUACCUCUGCGUGAAGUCAGCUUAGAUAAGGUUCGUCCAUGGAAACCGCUUUUCAAGGCAACUCAACACAGAAGCAUAGCCUCCCACUUAAUGUUGGAAAAGAAAGCCAAAGAUCACAAAACGGCCUACGAGCAAUUGAGUAGCAUGCCGAUGGUAAAGGUCGGAUAUGAAGUAUAUGCAGAUGGUCUGACUCGAGUCAUUCGCAUUUGUGAAGUUUCAAAAAGCCAUAAGGGAGACUCAGUAUUCCGUUCACGUUCAAAAGUUCAAUUCCGUAUAACCCAUUUAGGAAUUCAGAUACUUGAAAAAGUGAAGCAAAAUACAGAGGAGAAAACUGUCCUGUCAUAUUCUCCGAUCCUAGUGGCAAGGCUAGAUAAUUUUGGUCUACAAUCCAUGUUUACUGACCAACAGAAAUUUAACCAACUAUGUAUAGAGGCUCUGAAUGUUGAUCACAAAUGGGUAGGGGCACCCUUUGCAGCCAUGCUUCGUCAGCAUCAUUCAGAUUCCAGUGACGGAAAUGGUUGUCUAUUCAAAUGUGUAUUUGUUCUAGCAUCGAGCGGAUCCAGCGUCACACAAGUCAAGCACGCCUCAAUAGUUUUGCAGCCAGUCAAUUUGAACCUAGACGAAGAGACUUUGAUGAGAGUUGUGCCAUUUUGGAGAUCGUCUCUCAGUACAAAUACGCAAAGUAGUCAAUAUUAUUUUGACAAUUUUGAAAUUCACCCAAUAAAGAUAAUUGCUAAUUUUGUUCCUGGGAGUUCAUACUCGAGCUAUAAUUCCGCUCAAGAAACUCUGAGGUCAUUGCUGCAUAGUGUUGUUAAGGUUCCACAGAUAAAAAACAUGGUUGUCGAGCUAAAUGGUGUACUGGUCACUCAUGCAUUGAUAACGGUUCGCGAGCUAGUUCUCCGAUGUGUAAAACAUUACUCAUGGUAUGCAAUGAGAGCAAUCUACAUUGCAAAAGGCAGUCCAUUACUUCCGCCAGCUUUCGCAUCCAUGUUUGAUGAUUUUGCAUCUUCCUCUCUUGAUGCCUUUUUUGAUCCUUCUCGAGGCUUGGUGAACGUCCCUGGUUUGACAGUGGGCACCUUCAAACUCCUCAGCAAAUUUAUUGAUAACAAAGGAUUGUCAGGGACAAGACGUUACUUUGGUGAUCUUGGGAAAACUCUAAGAACAGCAGGAUCGAAUGUCGUCUUCGCUGCUCUUACUGAAAUCUCAAACUCUAUUCUGAGGGGUGCAGAAAUGAAAGGGCUUGAUGGACUGGUUAGCGGUUUCCACCAUGGAGUCCUAAAAUUAGCGAUGGAACCUUCGGUGAUAGGAACAGCUUUGAUGGAAGGUGGACCUGAUAGAACAAUCAAGCUUGAUCGUAGUCCCGGUAUUGAUGAGUUAUACAUCGAAGGAUACCUUCAAGCUAUGCUGGAUACAAUGUAUAGACAGGAGUAUCUCAGAGUCAAAGUCAUUGAUGAUCAGGUUUUCCUGAAAAACCUGCCACCGAGCAACUCUCUGAUAGAUGAGAUGAUAGACCGAGUCAAAGAUUUUCUGGAAAGCAGGGGUUUGCUCAAAGGAGAUCCUUCAAGCUCUCGUCUUCGCCGCCGUCUCCAUGGAGAUAAGGAAUGGAAGAUCGGGCCAACAGUGAUGACAUUAUGUGAACAUCUCUUCGUAAGCUUUGCGAUUCGCAUGCUUAGACAGCAAGCCACUAAGUUCAUAUCCGGUCGUAGGCCAAAGAAAGAAGAAGAAGCAGAGGCUAGUGACACUGGUCCCAGUACUGCAAUAGUACCGGUACUUGAUGACAAAGAGAAAAAGAAGAUGAAGUUUAGGUGGAAAGCUGGUAUUGGUCAGUUCGUAGCUUCAGGCAUCGUAGCUUACAUCGACGGACGUCUGUGUAGACAGAUUCCUAAUCCAAUAGCUCGUCGGAUUGUAAGUGGGUUUCUGUUAAGUUUUCUUGACAAAAGCAAUGACCAAUAAUAUAAUAAUGGCUUCCUCAGUAAAUAUUAUAUCCUUACAGUGUAAAAGUAAUAAUGCUCUUUACAUAAUAAAAGAGUAAUAAUGUUCAAAAUUA